UAUUCCUCUGUGGGACCCUGGUGCAGGUGGGCAGGCCGAGAGCUAUCCACAGCUGGGCACCGGGGCCCUCCCUGGCACUGCCCACCUCCCUGGCAUGUGGGAACCUUCUGGUCACUGUGCUCUUGCCCUCUUCCCUUGACUUCAUUGGGGUUCCCUUCCCUUGACCUUGGGUUCUCAGGGUAUUCCCAAGGGUGACUUGGGCAAGCCUGGCUGGAGGAGACCUUUGUGGCAGAGAAGGCCUAUGGAUGUGCGCCAGGCCUGGGCAGAGGCUGAUGGGCACAAUAGGGAAGACUCCGUGGGCAGGAGCCUUCAGAGGGCACCAUUGGCCCAGUCACCAGACGUGGGCCUGGCACUGAGCAGCCAGUCCUGAGGCCAGCAAAGCCACCAGAUGCUUGCACUCUGGGCAGGGGAGACACCAAGAUGGCAGACAGGAGCCCAGACCAUUGUGCACUGAACUCUCACCAAGCACACAACAGCCCCAGCACUGUUGCGCCCCCAGCACCCAUGGUGCCCUCCAGCACCCACUGUGCUGAGGUGCUUGCCGAGGGUCUGCACAGAGGAAAGUGGAGGCCCAGGGUGGGGGUUUGGGUACCCCGCAGGGUGACUCCAUGAUGAGCUGAUGUCCUGCCACAGUGGGGCAGAGUCCUCCCCUGCAGUGCCAUGGGGCUGUGGACUCAGUAUGGGGGUCCUGCAGCCUCUUGGGAUUCUCAGGGCAUUUCCAAGACAGCUGCGCCCCAGCCCCAAGGCACAGUGGGGUUUGCUCUGCCGCCGAGUCUCUGGCAUGUCCCCCAACUGUUGAUGCCAAAAGGUGAGGAGGGGUGGGAGAAGAUGGCCAGGACACCCCGAAGAAAGAUGGGACAGGCAGGCCACAGAGGGUCCAUCCUGGGUGGCGCCAGUGCACGGCCACCCUCGCCAUGCCCAGCUUGCGGCAAGGUCCCAGCUCCAAGUGUGUGGGAAUAGAGAUUCAUGGACCGACCUGCUGGGCCUGUGGCCAGACAGGGAUGGUGCUAGGCAGGGACCCGGGCCUCAGCUGUUUACCUUGGCCUGGGAAACGCUCCCAGCAGAGGCCUGAGACAGCAUCCAGGCCAGGCCAGCAUGGAACCACUGCCCUGGGCAGGCAGGGUGUGUGGGCAGUGGCGAGGAGGUGGGGGCAUGGGCCUCCUCCAGGGCCUCAAGGGCUGCUGGGUUAAUCAUUGUCCCUUGUGUGGCCUUGACCCUUCUUCGCUGGCUGCCCUGCCUCCUGUUCCUGCUGUCCUGGGAGCCCACACUGGCCGGAGGAGCAAUGGGGUGCUGGGCCCAGGUCCCUGGCCCCUACCCCUCACCAGGGCUCUGGCUUCUCUGGCCCCUCCUGUUGCUUCUGCUUCUGCUUCCUUGGGAGACCUGGCCCCAGGCUGCCAAGAACUACACAGAGCCCCCGGCACCUAAUGCCACAGCCACCCUGGGAGCCCUCUUGAUUCCUGUGACCUCAGCGACACCCAAGACCCCAGCAAGGGGUGCUGUAGAGGCAGAGGUAGAAGCAGAGGGACCCCGAGGUGGGGAGCACCCCAACCCAGAUGGGGUGACUCCCUUCAGCAGCGUCCUCAGGGGGCAAGUGCUCACAGAGACUGGGCAGCCCUGCAGGUUCCCGUUCCGCUACGGCGGCCGCAUGCUGCACACUUGCACCUUGGAGGGCAGUGCCCGCAGGAAGUGGUGUGCGACAACUCACAACUAUGACCGGGACAGGGCCUGGGGCUACUGUGUGGAGACCACCCUGCCUCUGCAGGGAACAGCUGUCCCAGACCCCUGUGCCUCCGGCCCCUGCCUCAAUGGUGGCACCUGCUCCAGCGCCCAGGAUUCCACUUCCUACCACUGUACCUGCUCCCCCGCCUUCACAGGCAGGGACUGUGGCACCGGUGAGGGGCACAGGAGGACAGCAGCUGGGCGGGGAGGUGCUGCCCUGUGUGGGCGGGCAUGGGGGCAGGGCCCAGGGAUGGGGCUCACUGCACGACUCCCAGAGAAGUGCUUUGACGAGACCCGCCAUGAGUACCUGGAGCCGGGCGACCGCUGGGCCCGUGUGCAGCAGGGCCACGUGGAGCAGUGUCACUGCGUGGGGGGCCAGGUGCAGUGCGAACACGCCCAUCACACAGCAUGCCUGAACAGCCUGUGCCUGAACGGGGGCACUUGCCACCUCAUCACGGCCACUGGGACCAGUGUCUGUGCCUGCCCGCUGGGCUACGCCGGGAGGCUCUGCAAUAUCGUGCCCUCCCAGCGCUGCUUCGUGGGGAAUGGCACCGACUACCGAGGAGUGGCUAGCACAGCAGCCUCGGGCCUGGGCUGCCUGGCCUGGAACUCCGACCUGCUCUACCAGGAGCUGCAUGUGGACUCAGUGGACGCCGCCGCCCUACUGGGUUUGGGCCCUCACACUUUCUGCCGGAACCCAGACAAGGAUGAGAGGCCUUGGUGCUACGUGGUGAAGGACCAGGCACUCUCCUGGGAGUACUGCCGCCUGGCAGCCUGUGAAUCCCUGACCAGAGUCCAUCUGCCAUCCCCUGAGAUCCUGGCUGUGAUACCCACGGCCACCCUGGCCCCGAGCCCGACCUGUGGCCGGAGGCACAAGAAAAGGACAUUCCUGCGGCCACGCAUUGUGGGUGGCUCAUCCUCGAUGCCCGGCUCCCACCCCUGGCUGGCUGCCAUCUACAUCGGGGACAGCUUCUGUGCCGGCAGCCUCAUCCACACCUGCUGGGUGGUGUCUGCUGCCCACUGCUUUGCCAACAGCCCCCCCAGGGACAGUGUCUCCGUGGUGCUGGGCCAGCACUUCUUCAACAGCACGACAGAUGUGACGCAGACCUUCACCAUCGAGAAGUACAUUCCCUACCCUCUCUACUCCGUGUUCAACCCCGGGAACCAUGACCUGGUCCUGAUCCGGCUGAAGAAGAAGGGUGACCGCUGUGCCGUGCGCUCCCAGUUUGUGCAGCCCAUCUGCCUGCCUGAGCCUGGCAGCUCCUUCCCCGCAGGGCACAAAUGCCAGAUCUCAGGCUGGGGCCACAUGGACGAGCAGGUGAGUGGCUACGCCAGCUCCCUGCGGGAGGCACUGGUCCCCAUCGUGGCCGACCACAAGUGCAGCAGCCCUGAGGUGUAUGGUGCCGACAUCAGCCCCAACAUGCUCUGCGCUGGCUACUUCGACUGCAAGUCUGAUGCCUGCCAGCUCCCUGGGUCAUCCGCAAGCCGUAGCAAGAGCAGCUUUUGAGUAGUUUGGCUGAGUUCCCCGAGGGGUCACCUGGCCCGUGACUACCUCACAGAAACAUGCUGGCACUCAUCUGGGCACCACUUAAAUGGUCAGGUACUUUAUUUCUUUUUGACCUGCUUAUAUGAAGUUAUACUUUUAUGAGCUUGUGAAAUUGUUCAGGUUUAUUAGAAUAAUGUUGUUUAUGGUUAUCUCAGUUCAUUUUCUGUUAUGAUAACAAGUUACCUGGAGUCAGAUAAUUUAUAAGAAGUAGAGGUUACGGCCGUUAAUUAUGGUCUGUCAACCUGACUGGAUUAAAUGCACCUUGGGGCUGGUGGCACACACCCGCAGGUGUGUUUGGUGCUUGUGGAGGCCCGGCCUUGGCAUCUGCGUUUGGACCCAGCCUUACCUGUCUGGCCUGUUCUGCUCUGCUCACCGGCCCCUGUGAAUCAACGUCUUGCUCCGCCCAGCUCUUCCGCUGGGAUGCCCUGCCUUGGAACAACUGACCAUGGACUGAGCCCUGAAACGGUGACUGGAAUUACCCCUCCUUUCCUCUCAACUGAGGGUCUUGAAUCUUGUGUCCCAGCCACAGGUCAUGGCUGACAGAUCUGUUCAGCUUUUGGGUCUGGGGUCCAUGCACCAGUGCCAGCACCUUCUUGUACCACAUCAUUACCUGGGGCAAGGCCCCACAGGAGAUGGGGCCAGCUGUCCACAUGGACCUCUCCUCUCCUUCUAAAGCCACUAGUGCCAACCUGGGCCCCCCAUGACCUCGCCUGAACCCCACUACCUCCCAGAGGCCCCAUCUCCAGACACAUUAACUUAUGAAUUCCUGGCCCAUGAUGCUUGAGGGACACAUCUGCCUGUGGCAGUGGCCUUAGUCUGGGUUUGCUGGUCACUGGGGUGGCUUUCAGUCCUGCACAUGACCUGAGACAAACCAGCCUACGGUGAGAAGAAGAGAAUUUGUGUGCCUGGUUUUAGGUGUCAUGGCCCGUGAUCAGUUGACUGUUUGCUUCGGGCUCAUGGUCACAGAAGUAGGAGGAGGGGCUACAUGGCCAGGAAGUGAGAGAAGCAGGAGACUGAGGCAGGAAGGUGGCAAAUUCUAGCCCAGCCUGGCCAAUUGAGUAAAUUAAUGAGAAUUUGUCUAAAAAUAAAACUGAAACGUUCUAGGCGUGUAGUCACUGCAGAGGCCCCGAGUACAGUCUCCAAUGCUUUGGAGAGACAGUAUCUCAGGGUGUUGAGGUCCUGUUGUCCUUGCAGCCAUGCCCCAAGGGCUCAGGGCCUCCUGCCGAGGCCACCUCCUCACAAUAUAGCACGAGGGACUGGCACCCAUGCCCUCAGCAGGCUCCCGUCACAUCUCCAAGGCGAUGGGAGGCCGGGCGUCCUGGCCACGGUGUGCGGUUGUCUCUGGCCGCCUGCAGGAGCCUCUUUGCUGUGCUGUGGAGAGGCGAGCUCAGCCAUCCCUGCCCCUGCUGAGGACAUUGGUCCUGUCAGGUGGGGACUGCACCCUGACUCACGCUCCCUCCAUAACUCGAGGUCACUCCUUGUCCCACCCUGAGGCAGGUGGGAAGAGUUUGGAUGGGGAUGGCCCAGGGAUUUGGUGGCUGGAUGCACGAGUGGUAGCCAUCACUUCUGUCCUAACCAAGGGCAUGCUGGGAGUAUGAAUGGGCCAUGGGCAGCCAUGGAUGUUUCUGAGCCACCUGCUGAUGCCAAGCCAGCAGCCCACCUGCUCUGGUCCUCCCCUGGGUGUGUAAAACUGGUCAUUUUGAAAAAGCCAGGGGUGGGGGGCAGGGGUUUAGCUCAGCAGUGUAAGUGCCUGCGUGGUAAACACGAGGUCAAGUUCAAUCCCUGGCACCAAAAAA